CAAGAAGACUUUACCUUCGAGGCGAACGAGCUGUACUCUCUGGACGUGGUGCUGUCAGCAGGAGAAGGAAGAGCGCGGGAGUCUGCAGUGCGGCCUUCGGUCUUCAAGCGGGCGGUGGAAAGGAAGUACAUUUUGAAGAGCCAGUUGGGCCGGGCCUUCAUGAACCAAGUGGAGAACACCAUUCUUUCGCUGCUGCGAGCGCAACAAUUGCGACUCGUGACUAAAUGA